AUGACUAGUCCUGAAAUGAAUGCAGCCUUAAAUGUCCACAGCUGUGGCCAUGAAAUUCGAUCUCAGACCAAUUGGAACUCUGAGAUUACACAGGCUCUGUAUCCACUUUUCAAAAUGAAAGACCUGAUAUUGAUCCUGUACCUCCUGGAAAUGUGUUCCGCAGUACCGGUGUUUCCUAAGCAGCCUGGGAUGCCAGGCAUGGCCAGUCUGAGCCUUGAGUAUUCAAGAUUUGGUUUUGGGAAAUCAUUUAAUUCACUGUGGAUGAAUGGCCUUCUCCCACCGAAUCCUUCUUUCCCAUGGAUGAGACCAAGAGAGCAUGAAACUCAACAGUAUGAAUAUUCUUUGCCUGUGCAUCCCCCACCUCUCCCAUCGCAGCCAUCCCUGCAGUCUCACCAGCCAGGACAGAAACCUUUCCACCUGCCCACUGUUGAAACCGCCAUCCAGAAUACAAUCCAGAAAGGAGGGCCUCAGCUUCCGGUUUACCAGGGACAUCCACCCUUGCAGCAAGCAGAGGGACCAAUGAUUCAACAGCAGGUGGCACCAUCAGAUACACCACCGAAGGAAGCCGAGCUACCAAGAAUGGAUUUUGCUGAUCCACAAGAUCCAUCUCUACCAAGAAUGGAUUUUGCUGAUCCACAAGAUCCAUCUUUACCACAAAUGGAUUUUGCUGAUCCACAAAUUACAUCUCUGUUUCCAAUAGCCCGUUUGAUAGCUCGGGGACCAAUAGCAGUACCACAAAAUAAGCCAUCUUCUCUCUUUCCCGGAAUGUUUUAUAUGUCCUAUGGAGCAAAUCAAUUGAAUGCUCCUGGCAGACUUGGCAUCAUGAGCUCAGAAGAAAUGCCGGGAGGCAGAGAAGGCCCCACGGCCUACGGAGCCAUGUUUCCUGGAUUUAGAGGAAUGAGACCCAACUUUGGAAGGAUGCACCAGAAUUCACCCAAGGGUGGGGACUUCACUGUGGAAUUUGACACCCCUGCUGUAACCAAAGGUCAGGAGAAGGGAGAAGGAGGCAAAGAAGGUGAAGGAGAUCCUCACCACUCCCGCCUGCCUGAGAGAAACCGGCUCAGUCCUGAAAACCCAGCUCUCUUUCAAGAGGCAGCAGCACUUGAAGCCCUCGGAGGGUUUCUUGCUUCCCCCAAGGACAAUAUUCCCAGCCUGGCCAUGGGUCCUGCAGGACUGAUUAGAGAACCAUCCAAGAUUACCCCAGAAGCCGCUGACCCUCUGAUGACCCCUGGAUUAGCUGAUGUCUAUGAAACCUAUGGUGCUGAUAUGACCACACCCCUGAACCUCCAAGGGGAAUCAACCACAGAUAGCACAACAACCAUGGACAUUCAGGAAACAUCAACGCCUGGAAACAAGGAAGAGCAGCCCCAGGUCAUGCAUGAUGCUUGGCGCUUCCAGGAGCCCUGAGGAGAGGGAUAGCAGCUCCUUUCUGUAUGCACAAGCUCCCUUGCUUUGCCCUACUAGUGUAUCUUUUUUGCUAAAACAGUUAUCACCCUUCUGCAGAGAAGGCAUUCAAAGUGUUAAGCAUAUAUUAAUAAAUAUAAGUGGCUAGAAAUAGCACAGGUUCCCUUCUUGCUUUCCUCCUAUUCAAAUAAAAUAUAUUGACUCUCUCUGUGGUUCAGAAAUAAUUUCAUGACAUCAGAGAAGUCUAAGGGUCUCUGCAUUUGAAAAUCACUAUUACCUUGCUGUCUACACAGGCAAUGAUGGCAUUUCUCUUACACGCAGGACACUGUUAUAUCCAGGAAAUGUGACACUGCUUUGAAAGUUCUUUCCUAGGCCAAGACACAUAGCUUCAGAUUUACAAAGUUAUUUCCUCCAAACAUUAUUAAACAGGAAUUGGUGAACGUCCCUGACUGGUAUUACAUGGUUGUUUUUUCUUUUUUUGUUUUGUUUUUAUUUCAGAUUCUCAUUUGUAGAGUAUUUGAUUUAAUCUAGUGAAAAUAUCUAGCCUAUUUUAAAUAAAGCGUUUUUCUCACUAAAAAUACCAGGAAUAGUGCUUAUUAUUUAUAUGUAUCUACGUAGUUAAGAAAAAUAUACACAUCCCCUUCCCUUGCUAUUCUGUAAGCCAGUUUAUUCAGUUCAUUCAUUCUGUCAUGAAAAGUCUGCUCUGUGUCCAAAGUUGUUAUAGGCAUUGUGUUACAUAAAUGAGGCU